CCCUCGUCGUUCGACCAUCCCAUACGAGAGCAUUACGCCCCCUAUUUCCUACCCAUAGAAACACCAGAAACAAUUCGAGGAGGAGCAUAAUUGAAGAUAUUGAGAGAUGGCUACGCGGCCCACAACUCCGGCAUCUCCAAAGAAUGCCAAGAUCAAGACUCCGGCGCCGGGGACUCCGAUGUACGGCUGUGAACAUGUCCAACGGCUCUUUAGCCAGGCCCAAGAGGUCACCAACACAUCCAUUGCCCAUUACAGGAUGAUUCUGCGUGUCAUAUACGACAACACCGCCCUAGUACCCCAAACCUCGAAGUCUCCAACCGGACAAGCCGUCACGUCCUUGACCUCGAAUUACCUUUGCUUACAAUGCCCCGCGAUACUCGCAGAGGAGGAGCGCCUCAAACAUGGAAACAAGAAAUCCCAUCGCUUCUAUGUUGACUCUAGGAGUGGUUCUCUGUAUUGCCAAAUGUGCGAUGACCUUGUGUGGGAUCCAACAUUAGAAGAUUUGAGGGUGAGGAAGAUGGGCAACAGUUCUUUUUGGAAUCGGAAAAGGAAACACGAGGAGAUCUUCUCAGACCCCGUCAAGGAGGACCCGCGAUACAUUUCGUCCAACACCACAAUGGCUUCUUGCCGAGCCAGCGGUCUCCGGGGUAUCUACAAUGCUGGCGCCACCUGCUACCAAAACGUUGUAUUGCAGAGCUUCCUCCACAACCCUAUACUGCGCAACUUCUACCUUAGCGACGGCCACCAGAGCGGGAGCUGCGACCAGCAAUACUGCCUGAGCUGCGCCAUGGACGACAUGUUCCAAGACUUCUACGCAGCCGAGAAUACCAACGGUUACACGGCCGCCAACAUCCUCUCCGGAUUCUGGAUCAGCGAGAAAAAGGCGUUCGAGAACCUUGUGACGACCAAGGAGCAAGACGCGCACGAGUUCUUCCAGUUCCUCGCCGAGGAGCUGCACGAGCGCAACGGUGACGGCAAGAAACCCGAGAUCGGCAGCGAGCACAGCUGCAACUGCAUCGUCCACCAAAUCUUCUACGGAAAACUGCAGAGCACCACCACAUGUCAGCACUGUAGCGGCGUUACGAACCAGGUUCAGAGCUUCCUGGAUCUCAGCCUCCCCCUCGAUAACCUUGCGCAGAAGAAAGGCAAGAAGGGCGUGGCUAAAGCGCCGCCGCUCUCGUUGCAGGAAUGUCUGGAUGAGGAGUACAUCAAGUCAGACAAGUGCGAGUAUCGGUGCCAUAGCUGCAGCUCAACACAGCAGGCCCGGAGACAGACGAGCAUCAAACUUUUACCCAAUGUUCUGUCCAUCCAGUUUAAGAGAUUCGAGUUCAAGCAAGGCCGAAAUGAGCGCGCGGCAAAGAUUGAUACUCCGGUGUCAUUCCCCUUGGAGCUGAAUAUGCUCCCGUACACCAAUCGUGCGCGGAGCCAGGACGCCAAAGAGAACUACGAGCUCGCGCGGACCUGCACCUACGACCUCUUUAGCGUGGUGGUACAUGUCGGAGAGAUCGAUACCGGCCAUUACGUUGCGUACUGCAGGGUCGGUGACCAGUGGUUUGCUUUCAACGACCAUCGAGUCGAGCUUGCCAGCAAGUCGGAAGUGUUGAGUGCACGGGCGUAUCUGCUAUUCUACAUCGUUAGGUAUCUGUCAUGAGAUGGCACAGUUCAUGGCCAAAGGCAGAGAGAGCCCAUCUGGGCUCAGACCUUGGCCAGAUAGUUGCUGAAGGCGAUGCACAUUUUCGCUCUCAGGCUCGUUCAGGGACAGGAUAUAAUCCAGGCGUAUCGGUUACUGGUUGUCUACCCCAUACAUGUAUAUAUCUGUUAGGAAAACCGGGAACUAAGUUGGGGUAUGAGACGGGCACUCAUAGCUAGCAUCGCAUAAACAUCGUGGCCAAGGCGCAUCAGAAUAAAAACUGCAUCAUAUAUUUC